GCUGUUUUCCUUUCAGAAAAUGGGCUUCCGAUUGAUUGGACAGAUUGCGACCACGUGACCGACCUCCGACUGGAGUUUCCACGACAGCUGGGAGCUGUGGUAUCCGGGCGCAUCGGUCAUUUUCUAAAAAUCUAAUUCUGUUCAUAUAUUAGUUAAAACGGAGUUACAGCAAUAUGGGUGACAAAAAGAGUCCGACCAGGCCGAAGCGGCAAACCAAACCCUCCUCCGACGAACGAUACUGGGACUGCAGUGUUUGUACGUUUCGGAACAGCGCCGAGGCAUUCAAGUGUAUGAUGUGUGAUGUCAGAAAGGGAACAUCGACGCGGAAGCCGCGGCCCGUCUCCCAGCUGGUGGCGCAACAGGUCACCCAGCAGUUUGCCUCCCCCACGCAGCCAAAGAAAGAGAAGAGGGACAAAACAGAGAGGGAGAAGAGCGACAAGGAGCCCACGGUGAAGAAGAACAGCCACAAGAAGACCAGGCCGCGGUUGAAGAAUGUGGACCGCAGCAGCGCGCAGCACCUGGAGGUGACGGUGGGGGACCUGACUGUUAUAAUCACGGACUUUAAGGAGAAGGCCAAGGCCGCGCCCUCGGCCAGCUCCACGCCUGCCGACCAGCACAGCCAGAGCGGCUCCAGCUCCGACACCAACGCGGAGAGGGGGGUGUCCCGCUCCUCCUCCCCCCGGGGAGAGGGCUCGUCGGUCAGCGGGGAGUCCCACUGAACCCCUCCCUCCGUGGAGCACGUCGUAGAACUUAUGCCAUGGCGCCCCGCCAAAACGCCCUCAGUUUCGAGCGGAAAACCCCCCGUCCCCCUACCCCGGUCCCCCCGGUCCCCCCGGUCCCCCUACCCCCUCCUUCCCUCCACGUUGUCCCGACCUGACGUCUCCCCGCGGUUCAGCCCGGCGGAAGUCUCCGGAAGCGUUUCGGAAAAUCCCCUCCCUGGUCGGCUCGUCGUUUUCUGGAAAGAUCCGUCACCCGUCGAGAUGGUUUAAAAUGAAAUUAACUUUCAACAAAAUCCCCCCACCCACCCACUCUCCCUCCGCUCUCGAUAUUCCACAGAAAAAAUGAAUUGAACUUUAUUCACAAUUGGUACCAACUGUUCAGCGCCAUCUCAGUGUGAUAGUAUUUUACAUCAGAUCAGUGUUACAUUUGUCAAUACGCAGUUAGAUGUUUUAUUUCUAUACCUUUUCAAUAUGAAAUCUAUUGUGGCAUGAAAUGGAUCCAUUUUAAAAAGAGUGUUUCCAAUGAUUAGGAACUUCAGCUCCGCGUCUGAUUCCAACCGCGACGGCAACGGGGCUCUCUCAUUGGUUAAAAGGCACCUGCUGGUACUUGGUGUUGUUUCGUGGGAAAACACUCAUGUUUAUCAUGUGUAAUGCGUUUUGUUUUGUUUUUUUGCCAACAUUUACAGCACGUUAUGAAUACAUCACUGUUGCGUUUCUGGUUAUGUCAAAACCGUACUGUUUGUAUGUGGAAGUACAUCUCCAUUAAUUACGUUGUUUUACCGUCGGAAGAGGGAAAAAAAAUGUUUAUUUGUAAAGCAAUGAAAUUAUGAAUUUGCUGUUAAGAGGUCAGUCUGCUUCUUGUUCAUUUUAUAGAUGCUAGCUUGUCAUCAUUAACAGUGGUUUAUAAUAUAGAAAUUAUCACAAAAUAAAAUGAAAAUUAUAGACUC